AUGACAAAAGGAUCGACGGAUAUCAAUAGAGCAAAGAAUCACCAAGAUGGCGCACCUUAUGUGCGCAGGUUUCCACCAGGAAGUAGUCCAUUAAGCGGUAAACAUCAUCAGCAACAGCAACAUAGCAGUGGUAAUAGUUCUUCGGGUCUACAACAUCAUAGCAGUAGCAAUCACCACAGUCAUCACAAUUCUCAUAAUCAUGUGGUUCAGCAACAGCAACAACAACAACAGCAGCAGCAGGCAUCUCAACAGCAGCAGCAACAACAGUCUCAACCACAACAAUCUAUAGUAUCUCCACCAAGUAAUUCGAAUCCUUACAAUAGCGCAUUUGUACGUGACGAUUUGUUCCCGAGAGCAACGGGUGUCGUUGGAAGUGGAGUGGGCGCACAGCCUACCACUACUACCACCACCCUGUUGACGACGACCACAACAACUACCAUCCCUCUUCCGACCACACCGAAAAAGAAGAAGAACAAGAAGAAGAAGGUCGUUGUGUUGGGUUCGUCAACUAAUGGCAUUGCUACAGUAGUCGAUCCAAGCAUGUUGUCGCAUCUUCCCAAUGGCAACGGAGUCAACGGUGUUGGUACGCCAACUGGAGGAGCCAUUCCGGUAACAGCAGCAGCGGCAGCAUCACUCGUUCCACAACCACCGUCUGCCAAUUCAACGCCAAAUCUCAUCAAGAAAGAUGUAUUCAACGACACCACAGAAUGGACAUCUCGUACACUCUUUAUUCAUAACAUCGUUCAGGAGAUGGAUGAGAAUCACAUCAAGAGUUUCCUCAAUACCACCUAUCCCUAUGAAUUUAGACCGUCGAUCAAACCGAAUCAACUCUAUAUCCUAUUCAACUCACCGGAGCAUGCCAAAGCCGUUUUCUAUAGUAUAACUGGAAAGCGCAAGAUUGAUAAUGGUGGUCAAUCAUGUGUAAAGUUAUUGUUUAAUGGAGAAUACAAGACAGUUAUUAGAUGUACGAAUCCCGAUCCAUUCCCAUUGUUUACCACUCAGUCUCAUCAACACUUGUAUCAAAACAACAGUUUGUCGGCAUUCGAUCACACCUCGGCAUUCGGUGCAUCCGAUUCAUUCAAUAGUCCACUCUCGUUGAGUCAACCAAGUUAUUAUGAUCAGCAUCAUUCUCAACACCCAACUCUCCAGAUUCUGAAUGAUUUCAACUUUUACUUGUCACAGCCGUCUGCCACUGCAUUGUCGUCGCCACUCGCUGCUUCAACUCCGCCCUUGCUGUACAGUUCAUCGCCACAGACAUCGAUCAACGGCCAACUCGGCCAACUGUUCCUCGGUGAUGAAUACACACAUAAUCCACGUAGUGGUUCAGCUAUUGGCUCGAUGAUUGGCGGUGGAAUCGGUGGUGGUGGCGGUGGUGGUGUAAGUCCACUACAUCAACACCAACACCAACAACACCACAACUCAAUUGGAAGUGGAUUGCCACAGCAUCACAUUCAACAUCAUCCACACCAUCACCACUACCAUCAUCUUCAUCAACAGGCAUCGAACACUCUCCAAUCAUCAAACAUGUCACCACAGUCGGUCAUUGCCAACAACGGUGCACCCAAAGUGCAUCAUCACAACAUCCAACAGCAUUCAAUGCAUGCCGAGUACCAGAAUCACCUGAGACAUAUGAAGGAUGACCAGAUCUUGAUCUACCCCGCCAACUCAUUGUCCACACUUCAGCGUGUAUCCACCUUUAACUUUAAGAAGUUCCCAGCUGUCUUUUCGCACAUCAACCAGAGUCAGGCACCCGAGACCAAAGCUACUCUGGUUACUGGUUUCAUCAGAGACUCUGACGAUCGCAAGAACAACAUUCCGGCCCCGGCUGGUGGCAAAAACGGUGCACAACAAGACCACAGUGACUCUGCCAACGGAAAUCAGAUCUUUUAUUUCUGGUGUUACGAAAAGUCCACACCUCCCUUACAUAUCAUCUCCAAUUUGAAUGCAUCGUUCUUGCGUGAACGUUGUGGUCGUCUCUCCAUGUUGAUACUCACCGAUUUUGCACCGGACAACAGUUACGCAAUCGGUUCCGUUCAGUUCUUCUCUGGUUCGCCACUCGAUGUUGCGACCAUCACUCGUUGCAUCCUUCUCAAUCAUCAGGUUUUCCACUCAGAGAAUUUCCCACGUGACCUCGAUGACUUGUACGACGAUUGGACACCACCCGCCGACGAAGAGAAACGUCGUAUCGACUUGACACACCUCUGUCCAGUGACCAUCGAUCCACCAUCGUCCACCGAUCUCGAUGAUGCUCUCUCAUUCCGUGUGCUCGAGGAGCGUCACGAAGGCAAAUCAGUGUUUGAAGUUGGUAUUCACAUUUCCGACGUAUCUUAUUUCCUCGACAAGAAUUCAAAGCUCGACCUCGAAGCAGAGUUCCGUCUGAAUGCAAUCUACUUGGUCGGUACCGUAAUCCCGAUGCUCCCAAAGAACCUGUCGUCCAACACCUGUAGUUUGAAACUCUUCCAGAAACGUUUUUGUUUCUCUUUGCUCAUCAAGAUCAGAUCCGAUGGUAAAGUAAUUGAGCAUACAUUCUGUAAGAGUUUCCUACGUUCGCUUGGUCACAUGUCCUACGAAAAAGCACAACGUGUCAUCAAUCGUUACAAGCAACAGUUUAGUGCGAUCGAGAACUACCAAAACAACCAGACCGUUGAAAUGAAUAUUGCCGAUUCGAGCAAACAUCUCCAGGAUAUUCUUGAUCACGUCAAGAUGAAUUCCGACUGGAAUAGAAACCCCGAUUUCACAGGAUGUGGUCCAGAGUUGGAGGAUCGUGUCAAUCAAUCUAUCUGGGGACUCUACUUGGUUAGUUCACUACUCAAUAACAUCCGUAGAGACAGAGGUGAGAUCUUUGACAUUGGAUCAAACAUUCAAUACGAUCUCUCGGUUGAUGGUACUCCAUUCCGUGUCGAUCUACUUCCAAAGCUCGAGAGUCAUGUUCUUGUGCAAGAGUAUAUGCAUCUCGCCAACAACUUGGCUGCAAUCUCGCUACUCAAGAGCAAGUCUGAAUAUGGAAUUCUCUAUUCUCCGUGUUCAUUGGCACAAAAGACUAGUGAGACCACAGCCUCCAAUGGAUUGGCAGCAUCGCUCCACAUCACACCAUCGCAACUCGACAAUCGUAAACGUUUCUUUGAACGUAUCAAUAUCUACAUGCAUCAAUUCACCAAUAUCUCGAUUCUACCGACCGAUGACUGGAAGGGAAUCAAACAAAAAGUCGAAGAGUGCAUCAAGUAUUGUACUUUUGAGCAGAUGCAAGCGCUUCGUCGUCUAACUAUUCAUUUGAUGGACCCAACUCGCUACAUUACAGUGAGCGACAAGUUGCAACAGACUUCACCAUCAAUGACCACCGUUCCAUCGAUUUCGAAUGAAGACCACUCUCACUACACUCAUUUCACAGCACCGAUAAGACGGUAUAUGGAUGUCAACAUUCAUCGUGUCCUCUCGAUCCAACUCACCAAAGAGGUCAACUGGACACCGGACCUCACCAUUAAGCCAUACUGGCAGUCCGAGGAGCAUUUGGGUGCCUUCAAGGCAGCAUUGCCCGUCGGUCCACAAUUAAAUUCGUUGUGUCAGCGAUACAAUGAAAUCUCUUGGAAACGUAAGAUCUCAGAGAAGCUCAAUACCCUGUAUUUGGCACUCUAUCUCUGGGAGCACGGACCAAUCACCACACCAGCAGUAAUCAUUGCAAUUCCCUCCAAACAUCUUAUCAUUUACCUGGUAGAUUACAACAUGGAGGUCAGUUGUGAUAAAAAUGACUUUGACUCACUCGAUGACGACCAGGAUAUCGCUGUUGCCAGCCAACUCGAUGUAUUCCUCUCUGUCGAGCCAUUCGUUCUCUUCAGAAACGGUCUCAUUCCCAAAGUUAAAGUCUCUAAACACCCUCCAUUCCCAUCGUAA